ACGGUGAAAGGAUUCACUUCAUUUCAGGGUGCUCUAGCAAAAGUUGUUGCUGAUGCCGAUACUCAAGCCAAGGAUGUACGCCAAAUUAACGCUCAUUUCAUGUCAGAAACUGGAGUGAUAGAAAUUUUCGUAACUCUUGGACCUCAGCCGGGAGAUUCUGUUCGCCAGCUAGCUAAGCUCACUGGAGUCUAUCCUCUGCCACCGGAGUUCUCCCUUGCUUAUCAUCAAUCACGUUGGAACUAUAACGAUCAAAAAGAUGUGAAAGAGGUUCAUGAAGGAUUUGAUGAGCACGACAUUCCCCUCGAUGUACUUUGGCUAGAUAUCGAACACACGGAUGGCAAACGAUACUUUACUUGGGAUCCGGAGAAGUUCCCGAAUCCUUCCGAAAUGAUUGAAGAUCUCUCGUCGAAAGGUCGCAAGUUAGUCACCAUUGUGGAUCCUCAUAUCAAGAAAGACAAGAAAUAUUCUGUUUACGCUGAUGCAAAGAAACAGAACUUCUUGGUGAAGAAACGUGACGGCACUGUUUAUGAAGGCAACUGCUGGCCUGGUGACUCGAGCUACAUCGAUUUCAUCAAUCCAGAAGCACGCGAGUUCUGGGCUGAUCUGUUCGCAUUUGACAAGGUUCAUAGUUUUGCGUUUCAGUACAAUGGUUCAACUAAAGACGUGUACACAUGGAACGAUAUGAACGAGCCGUCGGUGUUCUCCGGUCCUGAGGUCACAAUGGAAAAAGAUCUCGUCCAUCAUGGAGGCCUCGAACACCGUGAAGUUCAUAAUGUCUAUGGUUUUUAUCAGCACGAGGCCACUUAUGCCGGUCAGUUGGCCAGAACGAACAGCGAACGACGACCAUUUGUGCUCACGCGAUCGUUCUUCGUUGGUUCCCAACGUACAGCAGCUGUAUGGACUGGCGACAACAGGGCCGACUGGGCUCAUCUGAAGGCUACAAUUCCUAUGCUUCUUUCGCUCGCGUCUGCAGGCCUCGCUCAUAUUGGAGCCGAUGUCGGUGGCUUCUUCGGGAAUCCUGACGAGGAACUUUUGGUACGAUGGUAUCAAGCGGGUGCCUUCCAGCCAUUCUUCCGAGCUCAUGCUCAUUUGGAUUCAAAUCGUCGAGAGCCGUGGCUGUUCAAUCAGACGACCACUGAUGCUAUCCGUGAAGCCAUUAAGCGGCGCUAUCAAAUGCUCCCAUACUGGUACACUUUGUUUUACGAGCACACACUGACCGGAAAGCCACCCAUGCGUCCAUUCUGGAUGGAAUUCUCUGAUGACGAGGCAGCUUAUGAUGAAGAUCGACAGUGGAUGGUCGGCAACGCUCUACUUGUAAAACCAAUCGUUGAAUCAAACCCUGUGCAAGCGUCGCUCUACCUCCCAGGAAAGCGAGAGAUUUGGUACGACUGGGAUACAUCGAAACCGCGGCCAUCACCGGGAGCCGUUCAGUCGCCGGCCACCUUGACGUCUAUACCAUUGUACCAAAGAGGAGGGACCGUGAUUCCUCUACGGGAGCGUGUAAGACGUUCCAGUGAACUGAUGCGCGAUGAUCCUCUCACUCUAUACAUCGCAUUGAACAUGAAAGGAGAUUACGCCAAUGGUACAGUGUUCCUUGAUGACGGCGAAACGUACGCGUACAAAAAUGGCGAAUACGCCUAUUGGGGAAUCAUCUUCAGGAGAGAACACGAUUACCUGCACACCAUCAUCAAUAAGAAUCUGGACAAGAAAGGAACGUUGGAGAGCGAAGUACAAAUCGAAAAAAUCAUCAUACGUGGAGCUAAGUUCUAUCCAAGGACUGCACAUAUCUACCUGGAUGAUUUUACUCCUGAGCCUCUCGAUUUUGAGUACGAUCGUGACAGCCAUCUGAUGGAGAUCAAGAGUCCGAACGCUUAUCUGACACGAGACUUCAGAAUUGAUCUUCAUUCCUAG